UUGCUUUUGCUUAGCCAAUACAAGGAAGCUGAUUGGAUCUCUCCAUUUGUUUAGACUCUUAUUUUUUGUUCUCGACUGGCUCUUGUCAGAAAAUAAUCCUCUUGGAUCGGCCCCUCUCUUGGAUGAGAAACGCUGUGUUAGUGAUGAGCACAGGCAGGGUAAUCAGAACUGAGGUUUUUUUCUGGAUGUCGAAUGUGGACAAUGAAACUGGGGGUCAGUCCCAGGACUUAGUCCUGCAGCCUUUUUGGGACUACCUCCAUCAGAACCACCAUGACCUCCUGAGAAGCCCUCUCUUCCCUGUGGUCCUCUCUGUCACCACCUACUUCUUCCUGGUUGGUCUUUACACUGUGUUGGACCUGCUGGCUCCCACCUGGCCCUACAUCAACGGCUACAGGCUCCACCCUGAGAGAGCAGUCACCUGGCCUAACAUCUGGACUACGCUGAGCAUCACCAUCUACAACCACCUGCUUUACAUCUUUCCCGCUGCAGUGGCGCAGUGGCUGUGGAGGCCGCCCACCCCACUGCCGCCUGAAGCACCCACUCUCUGGAGCUUCUUCCUUGGCAUCCUGGGCUGCAUGGUCGUCUUUGACUUCCAGUAUUACCUGUGGCACCUGCUGCACCAUCGGAUUCCCUGGCUGUACCGCACCUUCCACGCCGUGCACCACCAGUACAACCAGCCCUUCAGCCUGGUCACCGAGUACCUGUCCGGCUGGGAGUUGUUCUGCGUGGGCUUUUGGGCGACGGUGGACCCCAUCCUGCUCCGGUGCCACUGCCUCACAACAUGGGGCUUCAUGGUCUUCAACGUGUACGUCUCCACCGAGGACCACUGCGGCUAUGACUUCCCAUGGGCCGUGCAUAACCUGGUGCCCUUUGGCCUGUGGGGGGGCGCACCCAAGCACAACGCACACCACCAGCGUCCUGCGACUAACUUUGCCCCAUUCUUUGCACACUGGGACUGGCUGGCAGGAACCCACACCAUGCCAGCUCUGUCCGGCCACUCUGUCACUGCAGACCCAGACGAGCUUAAGGGGAGUGAAGACUGAAGAGCUCAUUCACUCAUUCUCUCACUUCUUUUAUUCCAACACACUUGUUUCUCUCUCUCUCCCCCGACUUUGUCUCUUUCUCUCUCAUAUCAUUAAACCCACUCACUGUUUUGAUAUCCUCCACUGCUCUCUAACAGUCCACGGAUGUUCUUCACAGUUUAGCAGCUGAUUAUGACUCUAACAUUUGGAAUCAGGCACUGUUGCACUAUGCACAUUUAUUUCUAUAUGUUAAUAUAUUGGUAUUUUGUCUCAAGUCCAAUUUUGUGUAUGUGUAACAUGUUUUUCAGCUUC